AUGGUGACCAUCUUGAAGCCACCUACAACAACAGACUUCUAUGAGGACCGAGCUGCUUAUGGGUUACAUCUGGGGACCUACAUCCAGUCCGUGCCGCAGAGGGAGCCAGAUGGAUCCCAGAAAGGCUGGUACGGUUUGCAGGAGUUGUUCCCCAGAAGGAGGAUGUUCCCGCUGCAGACAAUCUCUUUCUACGCCGUGCGUCACAGCGAAGCUGGACCCCGGUGCACAGAGGUGACCAGCAGAAAAUCCGGGCAGCAAAGGAGACAAGGCUCUGAUGUUGACGUUAUAAAAAUAAAACCCGGGACGGAAAAUAACAAGAAACUGUGUCGAACUUAUCUUCCUACCAAUUAGAAAAUGAAAUCUGAUGGAUUAGGAGCAUCUGGACAUACAUCAGGCACUAACAGAAAUGGUGUAAAUAAAGCCUUCAAGCCUGGUGAUGGUGCAGACAUACGCAAAAUUGCAGAAGAAUUGAAAACUGGGGAGAAAAGUGUUUCUGGCCUUAAGUCUAAAACUGUAAUAAAGCCCCAAAGAGAAAACAAUGAUAACACAGAGUUUGAAAGUCUUUCAUCCAAAGUUGUGGGAAGACCUGCAAGAGUAACAGCCACUGGACAGAAGGACUCAGGUAAUGGGAGAGGAAGACGGAACCAAGAAGGAGAGACAGCAGGGGCCAGGCCCAAGGUCCUCACUGCAAGCCUGAAUGUGCAAACCAGAGCCAAGCCAUUGAGAACAGGGGCAGGGAAAGAGUCUUCCUGCCCCAGUGCUGGAGGACCCUACAGUAGGUCUACAAAUUCGAGUCUGGAGCUUUUGACUUCCACGGGCUGCGUGGAUGGGCCGAAAGAAAGCGGGUCUGCAGAAGACAGGUCUUGUGAUGAGAAGCCAUACUUGAGCUGUUCUCCAGGACAGACGCUGAACAAUGGAGUCGUGUCAGCUGGAGCUGUAAAAUCCGGACCAGGACCAGUUUCAAAAGUUACCAAUGGAACGUCCAAUGGAAAAAGCAUUCAUGAUCAAGACACUGACAUAAAUAGCAGCAUAAUAAAAAAAGUGAGUGGCAAAGGACUUAGUGAUUCAGCACCACAGACAACUGUGAAAAAAAGAGGGAGCAGCAACCGACACACAGCAGCUCAGCCACGGACAAAGAGCGCCCCGCCCACCCUGGCUCAAACUCAAGGAGCCCAAGGAGAGUCGCUGUACCCUGGAAAGUGUUCAGUGUCUUCAAGGCAUUCUGAGGAGAACGUGAUGAGGUUGAGGCACGGCGCAGAAAAGCAGAUGCCUAAGAGAAAGAGCGUCAAGCAAGGACACACAUCUCUGCAGAAGGUCAAUGCAAAGCUGGCCCCAAUGCCUAAAAGCCUGAGUCAGUCCAAGAAAGGUGGAACUUUGACUAAGGACGCAAAGCAAAAACUGCUUCUCGGACAAGUCAGGCUGCAAACGCAGGCUUCUCAGAGGCCGCCCAGACCUGAAGCGGCGUCCACACCGAAGGGCGCGCUUCACAGUGCAAGCAGAAACCAGAUUCUUAAACAGAGGCCUCCCGCGUCCCCGCUCAGCCUUGCUUCUGAAAGCAGCGGGGCAGAGGCGCCCCAGUCACCACUCAGGCCUCAGCCCCAGAGGCCGCCAGGCCAUCAAGAGGAGCUGGAGCCAGAGAUGCCCCACAGCUCGCAGCCGGACGGGCCCCGAAAGCGCGAAGCGAAGCCAAAGCACGCCGGUGCCGACCCCAGCAGCACGCGCGCUCACCGGGACCCAAAUCCCGGCGGCGAGAGUUCCAGUUGCCGCGGCGUCGGUGCUCAGAAACCCUCGAUUCCAAACCCAAGUGAGGGCGUCGCCGACCCUAACCCAGCCCGCGAUUCCGCGUCGGCGAGCGCAGGCCCGGUCCACUCGCCGUCCGGCAGAGAGAAGCAACGCCGCCCGCCCGCGUCGGGCGCGCCGCGCGUGCAGGGCAUCGUUAACCCGGCCUUCGAGGACGGCGCCGAGCCCGAGAGCCGGGAGUUCGCGGCGCCCUUCCGGAGGUCGGUGCUGCUCUCGGUGGACGAGUGUGAGGAGGUGGGCUCCGACGACGGCGACGGCCCCGCCGCGGCCUCGCCCUCGCCCCCUGACGGCUGGGCCCGCGCCUCCGGGCACCACGCCCGGACGGGCGGCCCCCGAGCCCCGGAGGAGCCGGGGGGCGCAGCCGCACAGGCCGCGCGCGGCAGUCACGGCGGCAGCGUGCGUGGGAGUGGCAGCGUGACCCCGGGGCCGGGCCGCGCAGACCCUGCCAGCAGAGAGAAACAGUGCGGAGCAACGGGCCGGGAGAGCGGGCCACAGGGCCCGUGCCCGGGAGGCCGGCAGCCGUUCCCAGCCGGGGCAGACGCCGGUCGGCGUGAGCCGGCCACCUGUCGGCACAGCACGCCCCUGGACGGUGACGCAAAGUCUCAAGAAAGACCGUGUCAUUUGGAGCUUCACCAGCGAGAACCCAGCUCCCACCCACCAAAGAUCACCUCAACCAAACCUCUGGACUCCUGUCCGAGCCAGGACGGCCCAGCGCAAGGGAGCCAUGCCACAGCCCCCGAGACCGCUAAUAAUGCCGUGCUUGCAGGAGACAUAGAUGAUUGUGGUACUCGGGCACAAGCCUGCAUGUGUGACCGCCGGCCUUCAAAAACCCUCUCUCCAAUCUAUGAGAUGGAUGUAGCAGCUGCCUUAGCGCGGAGCGUGCGCGCGGAAGGGCGUGUCUCAGACAGCGGCUCCGAGGACUCCGAGGACUCCAAGGACUCCGAAGACGGGCAGCGCUUUGCACGGCAGGACUGGAUGCUGCUGAAGCAGCUGCUGUCUGAGCAGGACUCGAACUUGAACGUCACCAGUUCUCUCCCGGAGGACCUGAGCUUAGCGCAGUACUUAAUCCACCAGACGCUGCUCUUGGCUCGAGACAGCUCCAAACCUCAGGGCCCGGCCGACGCGUGGAACAGGUGGAGCGAGCUGUCGUCACCGCUUGACUCCUCGGCCGCCACCACGGCCAGCGCAUCCUCUGCGGACUGUUCACCUCAAGGGGAGUGGACCAUCCUGGAGCUGGAAACUCAGCACUGACGGCCCUGGAGAGGCUGAGCAGCCUGCUGAGGUCGAAGCCACCGCUUGGUCAGCCAGGCAGGCUGUCCUGAACACGGUUGGCUGCUCUUCCGUUCAGUGAGGCGGAUAUAGCUCGUUUAUUAACAUGGUGUCUCGUAACAGCGGUUUUCUCCAUUUUUCAGCAUGUUUUCUUAACCAUUAGAGACGUUAGAAGACCUGUAGGAAAUCUUUGCUGCGGUUUUCUUUCCUAGCCAAUAAUUUGUUCAUCCACUCGAGAAUUCCCAUGUCACUGACUCCCCCGUGUGAGCGUGCAUUACACACAAUCAGCGCUGCAUCUGGGGAGACAGAGGGACCUAGCUUUCCCCGUGUUUCAGGGCCAGGGCACUGCGGAGGGCCUGCACGGGCCCAGCUGCUGACGAGCUGGGGG